AUGAAAUCAAUUCUGUCGAAAUUAAGAAAGAAGACCUCACCUUGUACCAGUCCGAUUUUGGUUCCUGCAAGUCCGCAACUUAUUGGUUUGACAAAGAAAAUCAAUUCCCCGGAGUUCUAUUCAUUCUCUUUGGAUGGUAGUGGCAGUAGACCUGCUGCUUCUCUCUGUGGUGAUAUCGAUUCUUUUUCACUUGACUGUGAUAUCGGUAUGAUGAAACCACUGUCGCUUGGUGGAGAGCUUGACGAUUGCGAAGGAGGAGCAGUCGAUCAAAGUGGAUUCGAGUGCUUCAACGAACUUGGUGUAGAGGUAAAGAUGCACAUCAUCUCAUUUCUAUCGUAUAAAGAUUUGAUUUCACUGUCUGAAUGUUCAAAAGAGAUGUUCAGUUUUACACAUGACCGACUUCUCUGGAUCAACCUAUUCCAAAUCACUGGAUGGGAGUUACCAACCUAUAUAAAAUCAAAUUUACAUUUUAAUUUAAUACAAUAUUAUCAAACUAAAUCAAAUUUAACAUCAAAAGAUGCACUAAUAUGGAAAUCAAAUAGUAAUUCAACUGGAAGUGUACCAACAAAGAGAUAUAAACAUACUUCCAUAACAUAUAAACACUAUGUAAUUUUCAUAGGUGGUCAAGAAACAAAUACCAAACGUUUUAGUGAAAUCAUAUAUUACAACACUAAAACCAAUACCUACAACUCACCUUCAGUGAAAGGUGACAUUCCAAAUUUCUCUAGACACACUUCUCGCGUAAUCAAGAAUAAAGUUUUCAUUUUCGGUGGUUUCAACGGUGCCGGAACCUAUUAUAACCUUGCAAUAUAUAAUCUUGAAUCAAAGAGAUGGUGUAAUAUAAAUCAAUCAAUGGUAAGUGGAGAUAUUCCUGAGCCAAGAUCCAAUCAUACCAGUGCUGUCGUUGGCAAUCGCUACUAUAUAUUCAGUGGUAAUAACACUGCCGACGACGGACAGUAUCGUGUUUUGGAUGACUUUUUCUAUUUGGAUACAAAGACACUCUGUUGGCACCGCGUAAGCAACGCCACAGGUGAGUUGCCGUGUGGUCGUGGUGGACACGCUAUGGAGACAAUCGAUGGAAAGAUCUAUCUAUUUGGUGGCGGUGUUUGGAGUCCAAAUGGUGGAUGGGCCAAACGCUUCAACGACGUCUACAUCUACGAUCCCGAAACCAACUACUGGAGUAAACCAACGAUCAACGGUGACCUACCAGUGACCAGCACUUUCUGUUCGUCGUUUGUGUACGGCCGUUAUCUCAUGUUGUUUGGUGGUGGCUGUCACAAGACCAACCGUGUCACCAACACAACGUAUGCACUCGAUACUGUUGCAAUGCGUUGGCACAAACUACAGAAUCCCGACAACUCUGAAGAUCCAAGACCAAGAGACAUGGCAUCGGCAUCGAUCAUCAACAAUCAAGUCUACCUCUAUGGUGGUUACUCAAGUGGUGCAAUCGACUAUUGUGAUCAUAUCACUCUCAACUUCAAACCAUUGAAUUCAUACUAA